AUGUCGCGCGGGGCGGAUUUAGACGAACUCUUGCGCGAUGCCGCGACGCAGUGUUUGCCUCGACCGCGCGCGGCGGCGGCGCACUUCGACGCGAGUUGGAGCGUGGACGCGCUUCAAGACGCGGAAAGAUUAUUACUGCACGGCGCGAACGCGCGAGCGUCGACGUCAACGGUUGCGAAGGAUAUCGCCGAGGCGAUGACGCUCGAUCGCGACGAUAUACGCGCACAUUUGAACUCGCUCGGAUUGGCGCGUUUGCUCGGUUUGAGCGACGAGUACGACGAAUUCGUAGACGGCGACGGUCGGGGUGCACAGAGCGAGGCGUCCGAGGUCGUCGAAGAGCGGCAUAAACACGAAAUGAGACCAAUCGUCGAGCCGACGGCACCACCGAAACCCGUCGUCGCGAACGACGAUGAUUGGCUUGACGAACUCUUGGACGGCGAAUAA